UCGAUAUCACUAUCAGUAGCGGCGAUUUCGCAUUCGGCUCUGACAGAGUGUAUAAUACCUCGCAAUUUCUCCAAAACUCUAAAGUUCCAGGCGUGUGACAUAUUAACCAUGGCGUUAUUCGCUAGGUAUUUGAGGAUCGGCAGUACUGUUAAGCACGGAUUUCAAGCAUUUCCACAAUUAUCAGCAGUUAAAUAUAGUGUAUAUCCACCACAUUUUUCUGAACCAGUGUACAAAAAACAAGAAUUAGAUAAAAUUUAUGAAUCUGGUGAGAUUGAGAAUUACAAACUAAUACCAUUUAAAGCAGCUAGAAGUAAUGAAACUUGUUCUAUAUUCCAUGAUCCUAUAGUUGCAAAAUUUAUAAACUAUAUGCUAUUAAAAGGACAAAAAAAAUUAGCCAGAGGAGUCUUGGAAAAAACCUUUGAAAAAAUAAAGAAGAUACAGUUAGAAAAGUAUAACCGAGAAACUGAUCCUGAAAAAAAAGCUUCAAUAAUUAUAGAUCCUAUAGUUAUACUGAAAAAAGCAAUUGUUAACUGUAAACCACUUUUGAAAUUAACUGCAGUAAAACGAGGAGGAUCUUUUUACCAGGUUCCAGUUCCAAUAACAGAUAAAGAAUCUACAUUUUUUGCGAUGAGAUGGUUUGUACAAUGCGGACGUGAAAAAGACAAAUCCAUUAGUUUUGCUGACUUUAUGGCUACCGAAUUAAUCAACGCAUCCAAUAAUGAUGGAAAAGUUGUAAAAAAGAAACUGGAUUUGCAUAAACAAUGUGAAGCAAACAGAGCAUACGCCCACUACCGUUUUAGUUAAUUCUUUAACAUGUUAUACAGAAAUUAAUUAGAAAUAAGUUAUGAAAAAAAUAUUUUCAACAUGUAAAUUUUAUAGUUAUAUAUUUUGUUCUUUAUAUUUACUAUCAUUUUUACUUUGUAAUAUGGAUCUUUUUUUUAUGAAUAUAAAAAAAAGUUUAUCCUUUAA